AUGCCAGCGCCUUGUGAUGACGAAAUCGACGUGGAGGGCAUUUCAGAUCAGACAAGUCUACUGCGUGUUGCGGAGUAUGAGAGAAAGGAGGAGAGGCAGACAGAAGCCAUUGCUGUAAGCGUCGCUCAUGAAAGUAUUAGAGAAGAAGUGGAGGAGGACAAUGAUGCUGAGAGUGGAGAGGAGGAAGGCCAGGAAGCAUCUGAUAAGGAGAGUGAAGGAGUCUUUGAGGUAGAUGAUUACAACUUAGAUGCAGACAGCCAGACAGGCUUGUUUGGCAACGGGGAGAGUGAUAGUGAUGAAGUUGAGUUGGAUGAAAAUGAUGAUGGUGCAGGCUUCGGCCCACCGUGCUCGGAUGAUGAUGAAGAUAAUGUAGAACGAGAAGUGUUUGAUGCUGGUCACAGCAACGGCAAUGAGAUGCUUGAGAAC